AUGACGAAGGACGAUCAGACCUACUGGCAGGAGACGGGGCGAUGGGCAGCCUACGAGGAGAGCUUGGACCCACAGUCCGGCGUGUGGGCGUCCUCGCACGUCUCCUACCUCACCUUCAAGAGUCUUCUCCAGCUCCGACGCUCCAUCAACACAGGCGUGACUCUUUUUGACUGCGUGGAGAAAACCUUGUCCGGCAUCGCCGAGAAGAUGGUCAACGAGAUGGUCAAACAGAAGACGAUCAGACCCGGAGACCAGGAAGGCGUAAUCAAAUGUCUGCUGCACAACCGCAGUCAAGAAACUGAUCCAGAAAGUCAAGCCUUGACUGAUGUGGCGGACCUCCAAAGGUUUUCAGUCAAAGAAAGGGUAAGAGAAGAAACUGACCGUGUGGAGGCCUCCAUGGUGUUAGUAGGCGCUUUAGACUUCCUGGAAAAGCCAGCGGUGGCGUUUGUACGUCUGAAAGAAGCGGCGCCGCUCGACUCUGCCUUGGAGGCGCCGGAGCCAAUACGCUUCGUCUUCGUGUUGAUCGGGCCCAGCAACGCCGAUACCGAUUUUCAUCAGACUGGGCGAGCCAUGGCGGCGCUCAUGGCUGAUAAAGUGUUCAACCAGGCGGCGUGUAAAGCCAAAAGCCUUCGUAACUUGACCGACGCUGUCAGCGACUUUAUGGAAUGCAGCAUCGUCAUCCCGCCCACGGAGAUUCAAAACGAAGCCAUGCUAGGUUCCAUCAUCAGCUUUCAGAAGAAGUUGCUGAAGGAUAGAAUUCACUCUUCGGAAUCUGUGCUGGAAGUCAAGCCUAGUCAGGUUACCUUCUCUAGCGCAGCCCCCCCUGAAGACCCCCUCGCCCGGACAGGUCGCCCAUUUGGUGGGAUGAUCCGAGACAUCCGAAGACGAUACCAGUACUACAAGAGCGACAUUACCGACGCUCUCAAUGCUCAGGUCCUCGCCGCAAUUAUCUUCAUCUACUUUGCAGCUCUCUCACCCGCCAUCACCUUCGGGGGCCUCCUAGCGGACAAAGUGGAGAACAUGAUGGGCGUGCCGGAGCUUCUCAUCUCCACUAGCAUUCAGGGGAUUAUCUUCUGCAUUGUCGCAGCCCAGCCCGUUCUUGUUAUCGGCUUCUCUGGGCCUCUUUUGGUCUUUGAGGAGGCCUUCUAUGCUUUCUGCAAGUCUCAGGAGAUCGAAUACAUCGUCGGUCGAGUGUGGGUGGGCGUGUGGCUUGUGGUCAUCGUGGUGCUCAUCGUGGCGUGCGAGGGAAGCUUCCUGGUGCGCUUCAUCUCCCGCUUCACUCAGGAAAUCUUUUCCAUCCUCAUCUCCAUCAUUUUCAUCUACGAAACCUUCGCCAAACUGGCCAGGAUCUUCAAGGCGCAUCCGCUGAUUCUGAAUUACGAGCAUCUGAACGCAUCUCUGGAAAACCCCUGGUAUCCGAAAGUGGAAGAAACAGUCAUCUUUAAUAACGCCACCGGAAACGCCACAGUUGUCAUCAACACCUCAUGGCCGUCUUACCCAAACACGGCUCUGCUCUCCAUGUGCCUCAUGCUCGGCUGUUUUUUCAUCGCCUACUUCCUGCGCCAAUUCAAGAACGGAACCUUUUUGCCCGGAAAGGUCAGACGGUUGUUGGGUGACUUUGGUGUGCCCAUUGCCAUUUUCCUCAUGAUUGUGGUGGACUACAGUAUUGGGGAUACCUACACUCAGAAACUGGUGGUCCCGAAAGGUCUGAUGGUGUCGAAUCCCGCCAAGAGAGGUUGGCUCAUCAACCCGUUUGGCGAGCACACCCCCUUCCCUGUGUGGAUGAUGUUUGCGUCCUGUGUACCGGCCUUGCUCGUCUUCAUCCUCAUCUUCUUGGAAUCCCAAAUCACAACCUUGAUCGUGAGCAAACCCGAACGGAAGAUGGCUAAAGGCUCGGGCUUCCACUUUGACCUUCUGAUCCUGGUGGGCAUGGGCGGGAUUAGCGCCAUCUUCGGCGUGCCGUGGCUCAGCGCUGCCACGGUGCGUUCCGUCACGCACGCCAACGCUCUCACCGUCAUGAGCAAAGGAACCAAACCCGUGAUUGAGAAAGUGCUGGAGCAGAGGGUUAGCGGGAUCGUCGUGGCAUUCUUAGUUGGUGUGUCCAUUCUAAUGGAACCCAUCCUGAAGCUAAUCCCCAUGGCGGCCUUGUUUGGGAUCUUCCUUUACAUGGGUGUCACUUCACUUAACGGCAUCCAACUCUGGGAUCGAAUGCUACUUCUUCUCAUCCCCAAAAAAUACCACCCCAACGAACCGUACGCCACCAAAGUGAGCACGGCGAGGAUGCAUUGGUUCACCGUGAUCCAGAUCGUGUGUUUGGCUCUCCUGUGGAUUAUCAAAUCCAGCCCGGCGUCGCUCGCUCUUCCGUUCGUGCUCAUCCUGACCAUUCCUUUACGCAUGCUCAUGACUGGGCGUCUCUUCACGGAGCUGGAGAUGAAAUGUUUGGAUGCCGACGACGCUAAAGUGACAUUUGAGGAGGAACCAGGACAGGAUGUCUAUUGGGAAACUCAGAUGCCAUUGUAG